AAGAAACGGAAGGAGUCCACGAUCACCUCAGGCCGAUGAGUGCGGGACGACAUCCAAAGCACUGACGACUCGAGUUGAGCUUUAUUCUUUGAGUUUGAGUGCUUUUGAGUGGAGAAGACAGCAUGUCUUCCUCCGCUAUAUUUGUGCUGGAUCUGGAGGGGGAGGUGUUGAUUUGUCGGAACUACAAAGGCGACGUGGACAUGGCGGAGAUCGACCGCUUCCUGCCUUUACUCAUGCAGCACGAAGAGGAAGGGCUGCUCUGCCCGGUGCUGUCCCACGGCAAGGUCCACUUCAUGUGGAUCAAACACAGCAACCUGUACCUGGUGUCCACGACAAACAAGAACUCCAACGCCUCCCUUGUAUACUCAUUUCUAUACAAAAUAGUCGAGGUGUUCACCGAAUACUUCAAGGAGCUGGAGGAGGAAAGCAUUCAGGAUAAUUUUGUGGUCGUCUACGAGCUGCUGGAUGAGCUGAUGGACUUUGGAUUCCCUCAGACGACCGACAGCAAGAUUCUACAGGAGUACAUCACUCAGGAAGGCGCCAAGCUCGAGGUGGGGAAAUCCAAGGUGCCGACCACCGUCACCAACGCCGUCUCCUGGAGGUCAGAGGGUAUCAAAUACAAGAAGAACGAGGUCUUCAUUGAUGUCAUUGAGUCCAUUAACGUGCUGGUGAAUGCCAAUGGCAGCGUGAUGAGCAGCGACAUAGUGGGCAGCAUUAAGCUGAAGACGAUGCUCUCUGGGAUGCCGGAGCUGCGCCUGGGCCUCAACGAUCGAGUGCUCUUUGGUCUCACCGGACGUGACAAGGGAAAGACGGUGGUGAUGGAGGACGUGAAGUUCCACCAGUGUGUUCGUCUCUCGCGCUUUGAUAGCGAUCGAACCAUCUCCUUCAUUCCUCCAGACGGGGAGUCUGAACUCAUGUCGUACCGCAUCAACACCCACGUGAAGCCUCUCAUAUGGAUUGAGUCCGUCAUCGAGAAAUUCUCUCACAGCAGAGUGGAAAUCAUGGUUAAGGCAAAAGGUCAAUUUAAGAAACAGUCUGUGGCAAACAAUGUUGAGGUGAGGGUCCCCGUGCCCAGUGAUGCCGACUCACCGAAGUUUAAAACCAGCACCGGACAGGCCAAAUAUGUGCCCGAGAAGAACAUGGUGGUUUGGACCAUCAAGUCUUUCCCUGGAGGUAAAGAGUUUCUGAUGAGAGCACAUUUUGGUCUGCCGAGUGUGGAAAACAAUGAGCUUGAGGGAAAACCUCCAGUUACCGUCAAAUUUGAGAUUCCAUACUUCACAGUCUCAGGAAUACAGGUGCGAUAUAUGAAGAUCAUUGAGAAAAGUGGUUACCAGGCUUUACCGUGGGUCCGGUACAUUACACAGAGUGGAGACUACCAGCUCCGGACCAAUGUGUAAAACCAGCGGAAUUUCUGUAUUCGUCACCUCCACCUGGUCCUGCAGAUGAACAACCAUAGACAACUUUAACUGAACUGUCUUUAAAUUUCAACCACUCUAUUUAAUGAUAAUGACUCUAUUUUCUAUGUUGUUUUAUGAAAUCCGUGUACAACUGUGUUUUAAUGUUUCUAUUGUGUGAUCAUUGCAGAUUAUUGAAAUGCUUAAUGAAAUCAUUCCUUUAAAAAAA